AUGAAUACGAAGAAGACUGGCUGGACAGACUUGAGGGCGACGAUUUUGAGAACAUAAAAAGAGACCUCAUAGAAAUGGUACCACUGUCUGGUUUAGAUAUCUGUCAAUACAACAUCUUGCUGCUUGGCGCUGUUGGAGCAGGCAAAUCUUCGUUCAUUAACACAUUAUCGACAGUGUUUACAGGGAAGGUCGAACCAAUUGCCCAGUUCAGACAAUCUGUAUCGAGCGUCACAACUAAGCUAAAGAAAUAUGAUCUCAGGUCUGCAAAUGAUGACACAUUGAAAUUACGCAUUUUCGACAUUAGAGGAUUUGAAAGUAAAAGAGAGAAUGACAAAGAACUUGAACUUUUAAUAGAUGGACGGAUACCUGAAAACUAUCAAUUUCCAGACACGGUCAACCCAGAUGAUAUAAAAGAAAGACCAAAUCCAACAUUUAAUGACAAAAUACAUUUAAUCUGUUUUGUGGAAGGAAAUUCUGACUAUGAAAAGCUCUCCACUGAUUUAAAGGAACGAUUACUCAGAAUCAACCAGGUUAUCUGUAAUACAGGUUAUAUGUUACACGAAUGAAAUAAAUUAUUGUGCUUGAGUACUAUGUCUUAACUAAUGUUAACAAUUUUGUAAUUAUAUCAAUAUUUACAAAUAAUUUAUUUCUUAUUAGAAUCUCGAUCACCUUGUUACCGACCAAUAAAGCUAACCGCUUUAUCAUGGCUUGUAUGUGACUUCUAUUUGAGUGUACUAAAAUGGGAAUAUACUACUCACAAAUUACAAUUUAUUACCCGUUAACAAGUUCUCAACCCAACAACCAAUGCGAACUUUGCUUCUUUGUGCGAUCGGAUCGGAUGAUGUUUACAACACUUCUUGGCAACUUCUACUGCACAAUGUACUAUCACUAUCGCGCAAACACGGUGCAUAUACGAGGUUUUACGAUUCUUUUGCGACUUUAAAUACGCUAUUGGAAUAUGAACAUUAAGCAAGUCUUUAGCGGUCUAAACACGGUCCAUACACGACCAGGUGUGAUAAUGAAUGUUAACAGUAUCAUUCAUCAUUCACUCCUCUUUCGAAAGUUCAACGCUACCAAUUCAGUCAUGGUCAAAUUGAUGUUAAAAGGUCAAGAUUGGUACUAACUAUUAAAGUAGAACAUUUUGAGUGCUUUUCUGUCUAUGAAAGUCUUAUAUAAUUUAUGAUUUGGCCGGUCUGCUUUAGUAGAAAUCAGUUUAAUUGUAAGCUAAACGGUGCAGUUGAAAAAUGAAUAUUUGUGUUUGGAAAGUGCGUAUGUACGUAAAGAUGUCGUGUAUCGUUAUAGCUGGCAUGAUUUGUCGGACAAACGAAAGUGAGAGUGGGAAUCAUGAGAUCAAUCAUCAAUAACAUUCAAUGUACACAUUAAAUACUCGCGUAGUGGUCGUGAUACAUGCGUCUUGAAUAUUAAUUUUUGCGAAUCAGUAUGUUUAAAUGAUAUGCAAUAAUUGUGAAAUAAAUAUAUAUUUCGUGUCGGGACCGUGCAUAGACAAAACGAUCAAAAAGAGAACAGUUUAU